GGCGGGCGCGUGCGGGGCGUCCCCGCCACACUCCGGCGAGGCGGCGCGGGGGCGUCCGCCGGGGGUGUAGGCCUCGCUGGGGGCCGGGCGCGCGCGGCUCGCGGUCCGUGCGCCCCGGCUGAGCCGGGCCGAGGAGGGCAGCGGGAGCGGCCGCGGCCGCCCUGGGACGGCACCUUCGCGGGGGAAACUGCUCACUUCCAGGCGCGACUGUUACACAACACGCCUGCCAAGUGGGGCCCCGGCCUGACUGUUCCCAUUAUCCCCGAGUCGCCUUUGGUACUGUAGGCAGCGAGGCCACCUGGGUGAUGAUCGUGCUGCCUUUUAAAAACUUACCCCCUCCCCGAAAAAAAAAUAAAGUCUUAACUUUCAUACUGAGUCGUGGUGUUGGGGGGGUCCGGUGCGCCAGGGACUGCUCUAUUUACACCGGCCGUAAAAACAUGAGAAAUAAAACCGAGGGAGACAACAGAGGGUCUGUGUAUCGUGUGUCGUUUCGUGACAUAAAAUAUCACAGAACAUAUUUUACACAAAACCUAAGUUUUUUGGUGCUGGGUUUAAUUUUCUAAAGACAACCAGUAACGAAGCUGAGAAAAUGUAAAGCAGAUCUUGAAAUGAAUGAAUACUGCACAAUCCCGAAGAAGAUCUGCAAAGAUCCUUGGCGGGUUGAAGCCCCGGUGUUUCAAUUGUGUGGAGAAAGCACACCUCUGCCAGCCAGUGAUGAAUAAGGUGGAGAGGAAAAACCUGUUGCAUAAUCUCAUUCGCUAUGGGAUUUGCUGUGCCGUCCCCUUGAACCGAGGGGAAGUGAGUUAAGAUGCAGGGUUUUAAAAACUCUCUGAAGUUUUUUAUUUACCCAGCGCUCUGGCUGCCACUUUGCUUUAAGAGAUUAUAAACAAAUACUGGGCUCUUACAAGUGAACUAAACCUAUCCGACCUGUUUUAGGAAAUGACCAGGCUGUCAGUCCAGUGUAAAGCUGUUGGAGCGAGGGAGCAAAGGUAAAGAAUGAUGUAAUGCACUGGCUGCCCCAAAGCAUCUUUUGUUGUGGAAUGGUUAUUCCAGUCAUCUCUCUAUGAAUCAAAUGUGAGGGGCUGCUUUGUGGAAGAAGCCCUUUGCAAGAGCACAUCAACGGGGAAGAGAAAGAGACAUUCAGUUGGAGGGCUCUUGCUGAAAAUGGGUUUAACUCUCCUUUUGCCAGUCACCACCAGCCUGACCUCAUACAUUUUUAGUACAAUGGAGUGGCUGAGCCUUUGAGCACACCACCAUUACAUCAUCGUGGCAAAUUAAAGGAGGAGGUGGAAAAAGAGGACUUAUUGUUGUCAUGGCCCAUGAGAUGAUUGGAACUCAAAUUGUUACUGAGAGGUUGGUGGCUCUGCUGGAAAGUGGAACAGAAAAAGUGCUGCUAAUUGAUAGCCGGCCAUUUGUGGAAUACAAUACAUCCCACAUUUUAGAAGCCAUUAAUAUCAACUGCUCCAAGCUUAUGAAGCGGAGGUUGCAACAGGACAAAGUGUUAAUUACAGAACUUAUCCAGCAUUCAGCAAAACAUAAGGUUGACAUUGAUUGCAGUCAGAAGGUGGUAGUUUAUGAUCAGAGCUCCAAAGAUGUUGCCUCCCUGUCAUCAGACUGCUUUCUCACGGUCCUGCUGGGCAAACUGGAGAAGAGCUUCAGCUCCGUCCACCUACUUGCAGGUGGGUUUGCUGAGUUCUCUCGUUGUUUCCCUGGCCUCUGUGAAGGAAAGUCUACUCUAGUACCUACCUGCAUUUCUCAGCCUUGCUUACCUGUUGCCAACACUGGGCCAACCCGAAUUCUUCCCAAUCUUUAUCUUGGCUGCCAGCGAGAUGUCCUCAACAAGGAGCUGAUGCAGCAGAAUGGGAUUGGUUAUGUGUUAAACGCCAGCAGUACCUGUCCGAAGCCUGACUUCAUUCCCGAGUCUCAUUUCCUGCGGGUGCCUGUGAACGACAGCUUCUGUGAGAAAAUUCUGCCAUGGUUGGACAAAUCAGUGGAUUUCAUUGAGAAAGCAAAAGCCUCCAAUGGAUGUGUCCUGGUCCACUGUUUAGCUGGGAUCUCUCGCUCUGCCACCAUUGCUAUCGCCUACAUCAUGAAGAGGAUGGACUUGUCUUUAGAUGAGGCUUACAGAUUUGUGAAAGAAAAAAGACCUACUAUAUCUCCCAAUUUCAAUUUUCUGGGCCAACUUCUGGACUAUGAGAAGAAGAUCAAGAACCAGACUGGAGCAUCAGGGCCAAAGAGCAAACUCAAGCUGCUACACCUGGAGAAGUCAAAUGACCCCGUCCCUGCAGUCUCGGAGGGUGGACAGAAGAACGAGUUGUCCCUCAAUCCAUGCUGUGCCAACUCUGCUACCUCAGAGGCAGUCGGGCAAAGGCCUCUGCACCCUGCCAGCGUGCCCAGUGUGCAGCCACCACUCUUAGAGGACAGUCCCCUGGUACAGGCACUCAAUGGGCUCCACCUGUCCUCAGACAAGCUGGAAGACAGCAAUAAGCUCAAACGUUCCUUCUCUCUGGAUAUUAAAUCGGUUUCGUAUUCGGCCAGCAUGGCAGCCUCCUUACACGGCUUCUCCUCAGAAGAUGCUUUGGAAUACUACAAACCCUCCACUGCCCUGGAUGGGACCAGCAAACUCUGCCAGUUCUCCCCAGUUCAGGAAGUGUCAGAGCAGACUCCGGAAACCACCCCAGAUAAGGAGGAAGCCCACAUCCCCAAGAAGGCCCAGCCGGCCAGGCCUCCGGAGGGCCAGGGCAAGCGACUGCACACAGUAAGAACCAGCAGCGGCGGUGCCACCCAGAGGCCCCUCUUAGCUCCACUGCAGCGAAGUGGGAGUGUGGAGGACAAUUACCACACCAACUUCCUCUUUGGCCUUUCCACCAGCCAGCAGCACCUCGCCAAGUCUGCCGCCGGGCUGGGCCUCAAGGGCUGGCACUCGGACAUCUUGUCUCCCCAGACCUCUACGCCCUCCUUGACCAACAGUUGGUAUUUUGCCACGGAGUGCUCUCACUUCUACUCUGCUUCAGCCAUCUACGGAGGCAGUGCCAGCUACUCUGCCUACAGCUGCAGCCAGCUGCCCACUUGUGGCGACCAAGUCUAUUCUGUGCGUAGGCGGCAGAAGCCAGGUGACAGGGCUGACUCUCGGCGGAGCUGGCAUGAAGAGAGCCCCUUUGAAAAGCAGUUUAAACGCAGAAGCUGCCAGAUGGAAUUUGGAGAGAGCAUCAGGUCUGAGAACAGGUCGCGGGAAGAGCUGGGGAAAGUGGGGAGUCAGUCUAGCUUUUCAGGCAGCAUGGAAAUCAUUGAGGUCUCCUGAGGAGGAUGCUUGUGAUGACUAUUGACAGUUCUUGUUCACAAAAAAUGUUCCCUGUAAAUCUGAAAUAUGUAUGUGUAUAUACAUAUAUAUUUUUGGAAAAUGGCACUAUGGUGUAAAGCAAAAGAUGGAUCAACGCAGUUGUUCUCUCUCACCUGCAUUUGAGAGAUCAGCUAAUAGUUCUCUCAACAAAAGUGGAAGGGCAGAUGCUAGAAUUCCCCCUAACCAGAGUAAAUGAUGCUAUUCAGUGAAUCAUGCAUCUUCUCAUUCCUACAAAACAAAUUUGGUUUUUGAGGACAAGAUCUUCUGCCCUUGUCACAUCAUGCUGCAAAGAGAUCUCAAAUACUCCCUGACCUUUGUCCAGCCCCUUCCGUAGUGCACCUUAGUGCUGAGACUGAGCCAGCUGUGGGUCGAGUGCAUCCUCUUAGGGACUGAACCUUACGGUAAAUUCAAGAGAAGCGAUCCUCUCCAAAGCUGACGGACAGACCCAAGCUUACCCAACAGCGGAGUGAUGCGAACAUCAUUCUGCUGGACAGACCAUUAGGGGCCUUGCCCGGAUCUACUUUAGAACAAACCUAGUACCUCAGACAGGAAAGUCGGGGCUUUCACCACUACCAUGUCUGGGAGCCCAUUUUCUAGGCAUUGUGCAUAUGUCGGCAGCGAGUCUGUUUUCAAACCAAUGCAAAUCUUAUGUGCAUGAAAUUCCAGUUAGGUCUCAAUGGAGUUUGUAUUUCCCCCUCUUCCCAGCUUUAAGAAAGAGAAAGGCAACUACCUAGGAUUUAACUUAGCCAGGAAUCUGGCAAUAAGAUUUAAGCUCAAGUUGGGAGGCUAACCAUGUCUACCUCCCUCUAUAAAUCAGAGUUGUUUAAAAUGGGAUUUUAAAAUCCUUUAAUUGAAGAUUGACUUGGUUUAAAGCCAAUGUGAAUUACUUGAGUUGGUAACAGUGGCAGAACCUAAGUUCUCAGCCAAAAUGUUUUUCAUUUGUUUCAUUGUAAUGGAUAGUAAAGUGUAAGAAAGAAUUUUAUAGGAAACCACCCUAGAGAGAAAACUAGAGAGUGAUAUUCAGGAAGGUAAAAGUUACUGAGAAGCAGAAAACAUUUCCUUGAUGGCUUUUUCCCCUUGGCAUGAGGUGGAGGUGGUAUUUUUGUAAUUCUUUCAGACUUUCAGAUUCACUAAUAGAGCUGAGGAAGGUUUUGGGAAAUGAGUAUUCAGAAUGAUGGACGAUGAAGAGAAGGCUGCUGGAUGUGGCUGGGUUGUGAACAGAGUGGAAAGCCACAGCCUGCUGUUUUCAAACAUCCCCCGCGUGUUUCUAGUAUAAAAUGGAGUGAGGUGAGGUGCUCUCUGUCCUUGACCUACAAUCACUACACAGAAUUAGUCCUGGCAGCUGAAAACAGGAGGUGAUUAAAACAGUACACACGCGACAGUGCCGAUCUGGCUCACCUUCCUGGCUAAUGUUUUAUCAACUAUUGUGAGGUCCUCUUCUGAAGCCUUAAUUCACAGCAGCAGCUUUUUGGGGGGUGAGGAAGUGGGGCAGGUGUUGUCAUUGUUCUUUACUGUAAGUGUAGCUAGUUGCUGACUCAUAUCUCAGGUUUUUCUAUGUUUGAGAAAUGGACAGUCCUUUGACUAGGAGGUGACUUCAUGUUUCCUAUGGUGACUGCUAAAACCAGCACAGAAGGACAUGAUUCAGAACUGACUGGCUUGAUCAUGAGGGUUAUGGGCUUCACAGAUGUAACUGGCAGCGUGCAAAUAAUGAUGUGGGUGUAAAACGAAGGCCAAGUGAGCUGCAUGGGGAACGUGUCGUUACCACAGUGAAAAAGUUCUGUUAACUGACCUGAUUUUUCUGUGUACACCUUUUAUGUAAUCACACAUUCUCAAGAUUUCACAUGGUAAUGUUGAUGUGUCAUGUAUACAACCAAUGUAUAAAAAAGUUCUGUUUCAGAAUCUGGUCACAUCUGUCAAACAUUUUAAAGAAACAAAACCAACAGCUCCAUUGUUAAAGGCUGUUUCUGGAGGGUUAGGAGGUGGGUUUUAACAAAAAGGCUGGAUAAAAGUUUGCCUUGUAUCAUUUAGGGUUUCUCUUGGCCAUGGUCCCCUUCCUGCCUGUAAUUGUGAUGUCACGCACUACAGCCAUUAGUCCUUGAUCACUAAUGUCACAUAAUCAGUUGGAAUCAAGAAUACCAUGCCAAAGGGCAGCCUUGGGGGAAGUCCUGGGUGGCCCGUUGAGCGUGGUGGCUCCCUGCAGCACAGUCACAGGCCAGCAGCCCUGGAGUUGACUGGGGAAUUAGAAUGGCGAUUCUACAGAGCAGAACUAGAUUUCUAUGUGAGAAAUGCUGGAAAAUGGUUUAGGACAUUUGUAAAGCUAGGUGGAAAGGCUGUAUAAAUGUUUAAUAUGAAUAUAGUAUUCCUUUGGAGUAAGGCAAACUGUUGAAUGGUUGAAUUGUGCAUUUCUCGUUUUGGUGUGUCAUGUAUGUUAAAUGAUGAAAUAAAAUCAAAACUGGUACCUGUUUAUACAUAAAUGUGAGAAAGGACCUCUUUGCUGAGAGACUUGGUAGGAACCGUGGUGACCAAGCUGCCAAACAAAGGCAGUAGUGGUAGAACCUUCCUGCUAUUCUCAAGUAAAAGGAUUUCACUCAAAAUAAAGCGGUGGUGGUGUCAGA